ACGUGGUUCGUUACGUUUGAAAAAUGACUAUCUGUCAAUUAUAAAAUUCUCGUGCGCUUCUGUGACGUCUGUUUUGUCGAAUCGGACGUUCUGAAGUGAAGUGAUGACAUCACCCAACCGCACUUUGCGAUGUCAUUGCGCAUCACUCUAAUCACAGAGUAAUGAUUCAUCUUUGAUCUUUUUUGGUGUCCGAACCAAACUGGAAGUUGCGCACGGUUUCCCAAUUUGACCACGAGUUUUGAAGAGAUGCAGAGCCAGGAAGGUGCCGCGACCAGGCCGGAGGCCAACGAGGCCCCACAAGCCGCGGUGGCCGAACAGCCCAUGACGGCCCAGCGGGUCAUCCGCCUGCAUCGCGACCUGCUCUCCUUCUUCACCGACCUCCAGACGGCGGCCGACGCCAAGCAAUCGUUGCGGCGGACCAAGUUUGAGGAAGCGCUGCGGCUGCGCGUGGAGCGCCUGGAUGACUCGAAGAAUUUCAGCUUGAAGAAGCUGGAGGAGAUCAAGGAGGGCUGGGCUCAGGCCGCCACCAAGUCCACGCUGCCCGACCUCCUGGACUCCCUGCGCGGUCAGCAAGCGCUGUGCUCGGAGAUGAUGGGCCACAAGAUGGACCUCAUCGCCUUGCUGCAGAAGAACUGGUUGGAUGGCGACGAGCGCCACUCCAUCGACCUGCGCAAGCAGACGGAGGCGCUGGACUUGAUGGUCGAGCGCAUGGACAAGGUGCGGCACAUGACCAUGGCCAACAAGGAGCUGGCGCACAUCCAGAGCCCGCACGACAUCUUCCUGACGCAGAGCCUGCGUGAGUGGGAGGGCUACCAGACGGAGCUCCGGGCCCGUCGCAAGGAGUGGCUGACCCAGAGGAAGCUGGCCAUGGAGGAGUACGAGAACGCCAUGCCCAAGCUGGAGCUGGCGCAGGAAGAGUGCAACACGUCCAAGCGCUCCAUCGACAUGAAGCUGAUGGAGCUGGAGCGCGAGCAGGAGGAGAUCAAGGGCAAGCGCAACGUGCUGGAGGCCCGCAAGCUGAGCUGCGAUGAGAAGCCCGAGGUCAUCUACCUGCUGCGCAAGCGCGUCAACACGCUCAAGGUGCAGCUGAGCGACAUCAUGAAGAUGAUCCAGAUGGAGGAGGAGAGCUUCCAGCGGCGCGAGCAAUAUCUGCUGGACGACAUCCGCCACAGCAUGGCGCAGCACAAGCGCAUCCAGAAGAAGAUGAAGCACUUCGCCCUGUCCGACGCGCAGACCUUCGUGGAGAUGUCGCGCAUGCUGGUGGCCGAGGUGAAGCUGCUGGCCGAGAGCGCGCUGGCGGCCGACUCGCACCUCUGCGCCCACCUGGGUCUGACGUGGGAGCGGCCCGCCGCCGCCAUGGAGCGCUGCUACCCCAUCCAGCCGCAGGACAAGUUCGAGAUGGCGGCGCAGGUGUACGCCGAGAGCGUGGCCGAGGUGGACGCCGAGACCAUGACGGCGCUGCUGGGGCUGCUGGGCGACGAGCUGGGUUUCUUGAUGGAGAACAGCGAGCACCUCAGCUUCCUGUACAACGAGCGCCGCACGGCCGAGAAGCUCCUGGGCCUGCUCAACGCCUUUGACUUCUACGACGACGACCUGAACAGGCUGGCGGCGUUCCUGCUCAAGUACGAGGAGCAGCACCGAGAGCGGGCGGGCCAAAGCGACGGCGACGCGGCGCAACUCAUCCAUCCCAACAACGUGCUGCCUGCCUUUUUGAGCUUCGUCAGCUACCGCGUGCACUGCAUGAAAAGCUCGGCGCUACGCCAUUACCUGGACUGGGACGCCGAUGCCGAUAAAGCCUUUUGGGAGACGCUGGCCAACAUCAUCCCGGCGGCGAAGCUCAGAGUCUGGGACGCCGCCGAGAUCGCCUUGACGCAGUACCUGGCCGUCCUGGAGGAGAACUCGGAAAUAUUCCAGAAGAAUCUGACUCUGGAGGAGGAAAACAGGGAGCUGCGCAGGCAACUGUCUUGCGAGAAUGACGGAAGUGCUUUUCUGCUCAAGGGCUUCCUGGAAAAAGACACUUGAAAUGCUUGAUACCUUCCAUCAAAUGCUAAUUGGACACUUUUGUUGUUGUUGUUGAAUGUGUAUGAUUUGACGCAAUUUAGGAGCAAGCACAUUCGUUGGAGUUGGUCAUCGGCAUCAAGAAUGUACUCGUGUCACACACGUGCUCUCGUCAAGAAACGGCGUCCGGCGCAUGUAGCGUGGAGUGAAAAACGAUUGCGGUUGCCGGGCUCCAAUAUGACCAAGUUGGCCUUUCUGGUAAGCGAGCCAAUGAGGCAAAAGGUGAUUGUUUCUAAGUUUUACAUUUUUUUUUCUUCCUCAAACCAGCAAGUUGGUGUCGUUUCGACUUGUCAACUGAAAACGGACUCCCUCGCAUGACAAUCUAGAACUCAUUGCCAACUUUCCCCAUCACAUGAUGACCAUUCCCACAAAGUCGUCAUGAUUUCUGGAUGAGACCUUUUUUUUCGAAAAUUAAACAAAUAAAAUAUAACCAUCCUACUAAUUAUGAGUACAACUGAAAAUUUCGUGACAAGAUUUUUUUUUUAAUCAUUCCAUGAUGACUUAUUUAAAAAAAACAAACAAAAACACUUCAUACUUGCUCAGACCUCCUCUCCUCUUAUGAUUAAAAAAAA